AUGCCUGAUCAAGACAAAAAGGUGAAGACCACAGAGAAAUCAGCAGAUAAGAAACAACCAGGAAUCAUCACUAGGGACUACUCAGAUCUUAAAAGACUUCGGUGCCUGUUAAACGUUCAAUCAAGCAAACAACAGCUCCCAGCCAUUAAUUUUGACAGUGCCCAGAACAGCAUGACGAAAUCAGAACACACCGUCAAGGCUGGUGGACACAGAAGUCGUGGUCAGUGGCAAGAGUCAACGGAGGCUGUCGAACUGGAAAACUUUAGUGUAAACUAUAAGAAUGAAAGAAAUUUUAGCAAACAUCCACAACAUAAACUGUUUGAAGAGAUCUUUACGGCGCUGGUGAAGAACAGACUUAUAUGCAGAGAGUGGGUCAAUCGAGCCCCGUCUAUUCAUUUUCUGAGAGUGUUAAUCUGCCUGAGAUUACUCAUGAGGGAUCCAUGUUAUCAGGACAUACUCCAUAACUUGGGUGGGAUUGAGAACCUAGCCCAGUACAUGGAAGUCGUAGCAGAUGGGUACCUUGGAUACGGAGAAGAACAGCAUAAUGUUGACAAGUUAGUCAACAUGACGUAUAUCUUUCAGAAACUCUCUGCUGUCAAAGAUCAGCGAGAAUGGAUCAUAGCAAGUGGCGCCCACAAGACAUUAGUAAAUUUAUUAGGAGCCAGAGACACAAAUGUUCUGUUGGGGGCCCUUCUUGCACUUACUAGUUUAGCUGAAAGUCCAGAAUGUAGGGAGAAGAUAAGCGAGCUCAGCAUCGUGGAAAACCUGCUGAUGAUCUUACACGAGUACGAUCUGCUUUCUAAAAGGCUGACUGCUGAGUUGCUGCGGCUCCUUUGUGCCGAAUCCCAAGUGAAGGAGCAGGUGAAGGUGUAUGAAGGCAUCCCCAUCCUUCUCAGUCUGCUCCAUUCUGACCACCUGAAGCUGCUCUGGAGCGUCGUCUGGAUUCUGGUGCAGGUGUGUGAGGACCCCGAGACCAGCGUGGAGAUCCGCACAUGGGGAGGCAUCAAGCAGCUCCUGCACAUUUUACAAGGAGACAGAAACUUAGUUUCUGAUCGUUCUUCCAUUGGAAGCCUGUCUAGUGCAAACGCAGCCGGGAGAAUUCAGCAGCUUCGUUUGUCAGAAGAUUUAAGCCCUCAAGAAAUACAAGAAAAUACCUUCUCUCUCCAAUCAGCCUGCUGUGCUGCCCUGACGGAACUGGUGCUCAAUGACACCAAUGCUCACCAAGUCGUACAAGAAAAUGGUGUAUAUAUAAUAGCAAAGUUAAUUCUACCAAGCAAACAAAAGAAUGCAGCAAAAACUCAUUUAUUGCAGUGUUAUGCUUUUAGAGCCUUGAGGUUUCUCUUCAGUAUGGAAAGGAAUAGACCUCUCUUUAAAAGACUUUUCCCCACUGACUUGUUUGAGAUCUUCAUUGAUAUAGGACAUUAUGUACGUGAUAUCAGUGCUUACGAAGAGCUGGUAUCCAAGCUGAAUUCACUGUUGGAGGAUGACUUGAAACAGAUCGCUGAAAACAUUGAAAGCAUAAAUCAGAAUAAAGCGCCUACGAAAUAUAUAGGCAACUAUGCCAUUUUAGACCACCUUGGGAGCGGCGCCUUUGGCUGUGUUUAUAAGGUUAGGAAGCGCAGUGGUCAAAAUCUUUUAGCAAUGAAAGAAGUCAAUCUCCACAACCCUGCGUUUGGAAAGGACAAGAAAGAUCGAGAUAGCAGUGUAAAGAACAUCGUCUCGGAGCUAACAAUAAUUAAGGAGCAGCUUUAUCACCCCAAUGUUGUACGCUACUAUAAAACUUUCCUAGAAAAUGACAGGUUGUACAUAGUUAUGGAACUCAUAGAAGGGGCACCUCUUGGAGAACAUUUCAGUUCUUUGAAAGAGAAACAGCAUCAUUUUACUGAAGAGAGGAUAUGGAAUAUAUUUAUACAACUGUGCCUAGCUCUUCGUUACUUGCAUAAAGAAAAGAGGAUUGUUCAUCGAGACCUCACGCCGAACAAUAUCAUGUUGGGGGACAAGGACAAAGUCACCGUUACUGACUUUGGCCUGGCGAAACAAAAACAAGAGAACAGCAAACUCACAUCGGUUGUUGGAACGAUUCUCUACUCCUGCCCCGAGGUUUUGAAGAGUGAGCCAUAUGGGGAGAAGGCUGAUAUCUGGGCUGCAGGCUGCAUCCUCUACCAGAUGGCAACACUGAACCCUCCCUUCUACAGUACCAACAUGCUUUCCUUAGCGACGAAAAUAGUAGAGGCAGUGUAUGAACCAGUCCAAGAAGGGAUCUACUCUGAAAAAGUGACAGUUGUAAUCAGCAGAUGUUUAACUCCGGAUGCAGAAGCGCGGCCAGACGUGGUGGAGGUCAGCUCAAUGAUAUCCGAUGUCAUGAUGAAGUACUUAGAUGGUUUGUCUACUUCCCAGCUGGCUUUAGAAAAGAAGCUAGAACGGGAGAGGAGGCGCACACAGCGAUAUUUUAUGGAAGCCAACAGGAACGCAGUCACUUGUCAUCACGAGCUGGCGAUCUUAUCUCAUGAAAAUUUUGAGAAGGCCAGUCUGAGCAGCAGUAGCAGCGGUGGGGCCAGCUUGAAAAGCGAGCUUUCCGAAAGUGCUGACCUUCCCCCAGAGAGCUUUCAGCAACCCUGUGGGAAAGACGAAGACAGAGCCUGUGAGGAAAUCUUGUCCGAUGAUAACUACAACUUAGAAAAUAUCGAAAAAGACAUAUACUCGGAAUUAGACGAUGAACUAGACAUCUCGGAUAACUCCAGCAACUCUAGCUCAAGCCCUUUGAAAGAGUCAACAUUUGGCAUAUUAAAACGAAGUUUCAGUGCUUCUGGAGGAGAAAGACAGUCUCAUGGAAGGGAAUACACUGGAGGAAUAGGAUCAAGACCAAGACCAGCUUUGCUGCCUCUUGACCUGCUUCUGAAAGUGCCCUCACUCAUGUUCAGGGCCCACGUUAAGAAAAUAGAGGCCUCGUUAGUGACAGGGUGGCAAUCCCAUAGCCUUCCAGCUGUGAUUCUUCGCAAUCUAAAAGAUCAUGGUAGUAUGAGCGGCUAUAUGUGGCAGGCUUCUGCGGGGAUCGCUGUGUCCCAGAGAAAAGUGCGGCAGAUCAGCGAUCCCAUUCAGCAAAUCUUAAUUCAGCUGCACAAAAUUAUCUACAUCACCCAGCUCCCCCCUGCUUUGCAUCACAAUUUGAAAAGAAGGGUUAUCGAGAGAUUCAAGAAAUCCCUCUUCAGCCAGCAGAGCAAUCCUUGUAACCUGAAAUCCGAAAUUAAAAAGCUGUCCCAAGGAUCUCCAGAGCCAAUCGAACCAAACUUUUUUACAGCAGAUUGUCAUUUAUUACUGCAUUCAUCGGGUGGAAAUACCCUAUCCCCAAAUGACAGGACAGGACUUCCUAACAGCUUUGAUCUGGAGGAGGGAAUAACCUAUGAACAGAUGCAGACUGUGAUUGAAGAGGUCCUGGAAGAAAGUGGCUAUUACAAUUUUACUUCUAACAGGUAUCAUUCCUAUCCAUGGGGAACGAAGAACUAUCCAACUAAAAGAUGA